UCACAAACAGCAUACCGAUUUAAUCUUUUACAUGAAUUUGCGAUCGACAUGAAACACAAAUAAAUCGAGCGGUUUUAGAAACCGAGUCAUCUCGUUCGAAUCCUGUUACCACACAAAAGAGCAUCGAUUAUAUUACACGGGAGCGAACGUUCCUGAAUUUUACGAAUCGAUUGGUUUGAGCUGUACCAGGGAGUGGAUACGAAAGUUUACAAAUUCUGCUUUGUCCGCUUUGAGCACGCUAUGGCAUCUGUGGAACAGCAGCCAAGUGCGAAGAGGGAACAUCCAGAAAAACUUAGAUGUCUAAAGGAAGAUAUCAUUGCUGCUGUGGUUAUUUUUAUCAUCAUAUUGCAUGUUGCCCUCUUUGCUGCUGCCUCAUUUCUCCCAGCAAUGAAAGCACCUCCUUUGCCUUCAUUUUCAGAGCCAUUGAAGGGAUUUGAGCCGAGGGGAACUGAUCUAAGUAGCCGUAUGGUGACAAUGAAGAAAAAGGGAUAUACAGCCCUGACUACAAAUAUCCCUGUGCAAUCAAGCAUUUCCAAGAGGUCAACAAGAAGAUCAAGAUCAAUUUCAUACUGUGGUUUCAAUGAAAAUAAUGGCCUUUUAGCCUUUGAAUCCACCUCAGGGGCAAGCUUGUUUAACGCAAAGAGCUUCAAGGAGAUGUGUUAUUUGGAAGAAGAUAUUGUUCAGAAGAAUUCUCUGUUCCAGACAUAUUGCCUUAAAGACACAAAUGGGAACUGUUGUUCAAGUUAUUCACUUGGAAACAUGGUCGCUUCAGUGAUGCGUAAAUCAUCCUGUCAAGACAUAACUGAUAGUGAUGUGAACCAAGCGUCUACUUUGAUAGAGAGUUGUGCACCUUACUUUGUUAAGGGACUGCUGAAAAAUACUUGUUCAUGCAAUACCUUAAUAAAUGGAACCACAGUCAACAACUGUCCAGCCGUUCCAUGUUUGUGUUUUCAAGAUCAAGCAACACUUCUAGUUAUGAACUAUUUGACAGACAACAAGUUUCUUUUGACACCAAAGGAUAAGUUUCUAAAAUAUGCUUUAUCCUUCCUACCUCUGUCAUGGUGGGAUAAUGAUUUCUACAAGGAUGUUUAUGACUCCAAACUAAAGAAGUCUUUACCAAAUCAUGGAGGAGUCAAAGUAGUUGGUUUUGACUUUGGCAAUUACAAAUACGAUUUGUUUAGCACAUUACUGAUAGACAAUGCCAAAUACCCAGCAAUUGCUAUGGUUGUGCUCCUAAUCAUCAUGUGUCUUUAUCUGAACUCCAUAAUCAUUGCCUUUUGUGGUCUUCUUAGUAUUAUCUUUGCAUUAGUUGAUGCCUACUUUAUUUACAAAAUCGUUCUUGGUAUCAAUUUUUUUCCAUUUCUGAAUGUAGUGACUCUUGUUUUUCUGGUUGGGAUUGGAGCAGAUGAUGCCUUUGUAUACUAUGACAUCUGGAGACAAACUAAGAAAGCUCAUCCUAAUGAAGACUGCCUGACUCUGACAUGGAAGACGCUGAGAUAUGCAGCUCUUUCCAUGCUUGUUACAAGUAUGACUACUUCCGCUGCCUUCUUUGCUAGUGUCUCAUCUAAAAUUACAUCCAUCAAAUGCUUUGGUAUAUUUGCUGGAAUAUCUAUUCUCACAUGUUAUCUCAUGAUGAUAACAUGGUUUCCAGCAGUGGUUCUUCUUCAUGAGAGAUGGAUACGUAGAAGAACAAUUGAUCAAAUGCCAAAAGCAGAACCAACAGUACAAAGCAUCCGCGAUGGGGAACAAGAAGCAAGUGCAGUAAAACCUACAAGUAAAUGUGAAACAAUUUGUUGGGGAUUUGAUUUUCCCUGUCAUUUCAUACCCAAGUUGAACACAUUCUUUGGGAAUCUGUCAAAGAAAAUGUUUGCAGAGUGGCUGCCUAAUGCUGUAUUGAAGAAAAGACUAUACUUUCUCUGGAUUGUCAUCUUUAUUGGUCUCACUAUUGGCUUCAUUUGUGUGAUAUUUGUCAGCCCCAAGAUAUCACUACCAAGCAGUAAAGACUUCCAAGUGUUUGCUUCAAGCAGUACCUUAGAGCAAUAUGAGAUGAAUGUCAAAAACAACAUCAGAUAUGCCCAAGGCCAAGGAUGGGGGCUUUGGGUCAAGCUUAUAUGGGGAGUAAAACCAGAAGACAACGGGCACCACUUAAAUCCAGAUGACUUAGGGACACUGACAUAUGAAAAUAACUUUGAUCCAUUUGCUCCGGAAUCACAAAAAUGGAUGCUUUCCUUAUCAAAGAAUCUGCGGAAUCAGACGUUCUUCUCAAAGACUAAGAACUACUACCCAAAGACACCAUUUGAGAUGUUCCUGGACCAUGCAAUCCAAGAGUCAUGCCUAGAAAAUUAUACAUUUCCAUACCCAAGAGCAGUUUUUGAAAAUUGUUAUAAAAAACUUGAUUUCUACAACAAAUAUGUUCUUUAUGAUGAAAAUGGUAAGCCAAGAGCUGUGUCAUGGGGGUUUGCCACAGAUUUCAGUUACACCUCAGCAUUCAAACCCAUGGAUGACUUCUGGAAUGAGAUUAAUAGUUGGUCUACAAAAGAAAUGGCCAAGGCACCUAAAGGACUUCAAAAUGGAUGGGCAGUUUGUGAAAGCUUGGACUUCUACAGCUUGCAGGCCAGUCUGUCUGCGGGUACAUUCUCAUCUAUGAGUAUUUCAGUUGCCAUUGCAUUUGUAGUCAUGCUGCUUACGACUCUUAAUAUCUUUAUUAGCCUCUAUGCUAUUAUCACAAUUGUGGGCAUCCUUGCGAUUACAGUUGGUUCGCUAGUUCUUCUUGGUUGGCAGUUGAACAUUUUGGAAUCUAUUGUGAUGUCUGUGGCAGUUGGUUUGUCUAUUGACUUCACCAUGCAUUAUGGGGUAGCUUACAGGCUCUCUCCAUAUAAAGACAGAAGAGAUAUUAGAGUGCGUUACUCAUUUGUGCAUAUUGGAUCAGCUAUUUUCAUGGCAGCAUUGACUACGUUUAUUACAGGACUACUAAUGAUGCCUGCCAUAGUUCUAGUAUACAACCAGCUGGGUGUCUUUCUAAUGCUGGUCAUGUUCUUCAGCUACAUAUAUGCAACUUUGGCUUUCCAGUCCAUGUGUGCACUGAUUGGACCCAUCAACAACUUUGGGCAACUAAGCAUUUCAAGGUGCUUGCCUGAGCGUUGCCAGGUUGACCCAGAGAGUGAUAAUAGGCAGGAAGAAUUACUGGCAGUCGAUAAACCCAAGAAAUCUGGGGAGAAACCAAAGGGAGAAGAUAAUGUAGUAGACAAUAGUAUGGUUACUCCUCUGUAAAUGAAUGUAUUUAAAUUAUUUUAUUUUGGAAAUGUUUGCUUGCCCAAGCGUUGUCAAGUUGACCCAAAAUGACAAUAGUCAGUAAGAAUUACUGGCAGUGGAUAAACCCAAGAAAUCUGGGGAGAAACCAAAGGGACAAGAUAAUGUAGUUGAUGAUAGUAUGGUUACUCCUCUGUAAAUAAAUGUAUUUAGAUUAUUUUGGAAAUGUUUGCUUGCCCAAGUGUUGUUGUUGACCCAGAGUGAUAUUAGUCAGUAAGAAUUAUUGGCAGUCGAUAAACCCAAGAACUCUGGGGAGAAACCAAAGGGAGAAGAUAAUGUAGAAGAUGAUAGCUUGGUUACUAACUGUAGAUAAAUGUAUAAAUAUUAUUUUUAUUUUUGGCAUUAUUUAUGAUUUUUAUGUAUCUAAUUUACAAUGUUUGCCCAUUUUGAAAUAUCUAAAGUAUGAGGUCAACUCUUUUUCCGCAUUGCCUUCAUUAUACUUCAUAAACACCAGAUAUAUUUGUGGUAUUUUUUAGGAAAUCUUUGAAGAUCUAUGAAAAGAAUCUACAAUAAAAACAUUGUGGCAUUGUA